UGGCUGGAAGUGCGGGCCGUAGAAGCGGUCCACACGAGUCGAGUAGGUGUAGAGCGCGGACCAUGAAAAGAGCCUAGAAGGAUGAAUUAUGCACGGACCAAUAGGAGAGCCCGUAUGCAUUGGGUAGUUGCGGAGCGCGGACCACGAAGAAGAAGGAUCAUCUUUUCGCAAAUCCCAGAUUGCAUGGGUUUUAAUCGCUUCUCCAAACAUAAUAAUAAUCAAAAAGUUAAGCUUUUUGAAGAAGUUGACAGUAUUAAUUCAACAACUCAGCUUACCAAAGAAAGCAGCAAUUCAUUAACUCCAAAGACGAUAUCCACGAAUCAUUUGGAAACUGGAACUGUGGAAUUAAAUCUACAAGAUGAUUCUCUAAAUGGAGAUAUGGAGAUAUGCAGAACUCCAACAAAAAAGAUACGAUAUCCUGGUGAUAAAUACGAAUUAAUAAAAUUAAUUAUAUUGGAAUACUUAGAGGUAAAAUUAAGAUACGAGGGUAAAGUUCUUUCUCUGAAAGAGCACGAUAAUUUUGUUCGACACACUUGUACAAAAACCGUUCUUUUUAAAGGACAAUAGUUUAUAUGAAUAAAUAUUAUAUUUUAACAUU